AUGGAUGCGGUACGACGUUCCCAAUCGCAACUCAUCCGCAAGUACAACAAGGCUGCACGCGGCAUCGCCCCGAUGUACAGCCCGUUCAUGCAAGCCAAUGCUGCCUUCUCUGUCGGGCUAGACAUCGAAAUUGAAGGCAACGAUGAAGAGGACAACGAAACGGAUCCGCGCUCCUGCCGACACAACAGCUAUCAUCGCGCGGGCAACGAGGGAUCUGGCAUUGGGUACGGAUGGAACAUCAGCUCACAUCACGUUGCAUGCGAACACAUGCUUUGUGUCAUGCCAAAUCUCAAGAGCGACCUCGAUUACCUUUUGCAGGACCCGGACAGAGUCAACAGUCGGGUUCGCGCGAUACGUCGCGACAAUUGUGGAAAAUUCCGCAACGAGGUUCUCAAUUUGAUGCGCCAUAUCCCAGAAUUUGCGCACCUCAACAUUGUGCAUAUUGAGAAGACCGAACACGGGUGGAAGAACGACUUGACGGCGCGCCUCCUGUGUCCUAUGCAACUGAUCCCCAGAUUUGAUCGUGAUCCCGCUCAGUUCCGUGCUGACGUGCGCAAUGCCAAGACCGAGAUUCAUUGCGACGACUUCUUCUCAGCUUUGUAUGAUACUGACAUGCAUGAUCCGGAGGAUUUUCUCAGCGGCCUGUUUCGUGGGCCGCUCCUCCUCAAAACGUUUGAAUGGUUGUUCUGUGGCCGAAAAGUUGCUAGGGGGACACUACAAUUCGGCGAGAAGGCAUCCGGCAAGGAGCCGUUCCUCGCUGCGUACAAGAUAACCCAAAUCACACCCCAGAUGAUUGCCUACGCCGCUUGCAUCCUCCGAUUUGCUCUGAACAGCCAGAGUGAGUGGUCCCGAAAAGACGGCAAUUUUGAUGUGACAGGUUUCCACACCAACAUCGCAAUGUCCUUCAUCCUCGAUGAAUGGGCGAAUGACACUCUGGCCUGGUGGGACAAAUGGCGAUUUUUGGAUCAGCGAAGGGUGCAUCCAGUGCAGCCCCUGUCGCCGCUGGUCCUCGCACAGGCUCCAUGGCGGCACAGCUUGCCGAUCGGAUUGUCGCUCAAGCAUCCUCCGGAUAAAAUGCGCACUGACUCCCAACCAGUUCUUCAAUAUGGCAUCGGCAUCGGCAUCUACGUCAAGGAUUCCUCAAGUGCACGGCCCCUCGUCUUCUUCAUCUGA